UCUGUCGUUAGCAGUCACAUUAUAUAAAAAAUAUACAAAAAAAAGAAAUAAAAGUUCAAAAAUAACACACAAAAAAAAUUAAUUAUCACCAUGGAGAGAAGAACUAUGAUCGAGGCGCAGCGAAAAACCCUGGAGUUAAGGAGAAAGACCCUAGGGAUGCGAUCCAUUACUUCAAAUGAUAUGGAAAAUUAUAACAAUAACGAGGUAGCGAAUGAAAUUAUAUCCAAAAUGUUCUAUCGUCAUGAGAGCGAUAAAAAAUACAUCGAUCCAGACUUUUUUGAUGCUCCAGAAAGGCAUUUUAUUCCCGAGAGACAAAGCUUAUUUAUAGAUGAAUUAGAGCGUAUUUUAGAGCCGACAUUUUCUAAGCAUCAAAUACCACUCCAAGUCCGUUGCCUGGAAAGGUAUCGAAAUGCUAAAAAGAAACUCAAUCGACAGUUAAAGCGGGAAAUGCACCAGUUGAUCGAUUUUAUGCCAACAGCCGGCGAUGCUGUUAGCUUUGUGAGAACCAUGUCCUACACAACGGUUUGGCCACCAUUGCAUACACGACUGGAGCUCAAUGUAUUCGAAAGAGAUUUCUUAAAGCUUUCCAAAAGGGAACAAUAUCGCUACAAGAAAAUUAUGGAAACUAAUUUUUUGACACAAUAAUGCAGUUUAAACAAAACGUACGAAAGCAAAAUUAAAAAAUAACAAAAAUUGAAUAAGUAAAUAAAUAGGACAAUAAAAAAACUA